CGGAUCUGUGGAAGAAAGCGACUUUGGCCGUUGCCUUUACCACGAUGGUGAAGGAAGAGGCAGCCGAAAGUCACGCCGAAAAUCUUGUGUUAGAAAUUGAAACAUCUGAAGAACCCGUAGCCCCAACUUUGAGAGCCAUCCAAGAUGGCAACGACCACGAGCGCUUCAUGUACCAUCUCAAGUCCCGCAUCCAGGAACACGACCGCGACAUCGAGAGGAUGUGCAACUUCCACUACCAGGGCUUUGUGGACAGCAUCGGCCAGCUGCUCAAGGUCCGAGCCAUCGCCGAGAGGCUGAAGGAGGAGGUAUUAUCCACAAAUCGAUCUCUUCAGCGAUCAGGCUUGUCCGUGAUCCAGCAAGCAGAGGAUCUGGAGAAAACCCGCAAGACGCACCGGAACAUCGUAGCCACAGUGGAACUCUUACAGCUCUGCCUGCCUGUUCUGCAGAUGUACUGCAAGUUGAAUGAGCAGAUGGAGAAUAAGAGAUACUACAAUGCACUGAAAACAUUAGAGCAGCUGGAACACACGCAGCUCCCGAGGGUCCAGCGCUACCGGUUCUGCGAGAACAUGGCCAAGAAUAUCCCCAAGCUGAGAGAGAGCAUCAUGGAGGCUUCCAUGAGCGACCUUAAGGACUUUCUGGAGAGCAUCAGGAAGCACUCGGACUGGAUAGGGGAGGAGGCCAUGAAACAGGUGCAGAAGCGCAGUAACAUGGAGUCUUCGGUCUUCCUGAAGGGCAUCGCUGGGCCCAAGAAGGAAUCUCCCUUGGCAGAAGCCGACAGCACAAACCCCUUCAGUGAAGACUUCAUUGAAGAAGAAGAAGAGGAGAUCAGCCCCUUGGACAAGGUGGAUUUUUCCCCCGUUUAUCGGUGCCUGCAUAUCUACUCGGUGUUGGGCAUGAGAGACACCUUUGAGGCUUACUAUCGGAAGCAGAGAGGGAAGCAAUCCAAGCUAGCUAUCCAGCCCCAUGGGAACAUGUAUGAAAACCUGAACCACUACAAGAAGUACUUUUAUCAAAUCUUGGGGUUCUUUGUGGUGGAAGACCACAUACUGAACACGACCGAGGGGCUCGUGACGAGACAGUACCUAGACGACUUGUGGAACACCGCCCUCUCCAAGAUAGCGGCAACGUUAAGGAACAACUCAGCCUACUGUACUGACGCCACAUUACUUCUUCAGAUCAAGGAGCAAGUCGUGCUCUUCACGCACACAUUGAACAGUUACGGUUUCAACUCGACGCCCAUCGUUGAGCUCCUGCUGGACCUGAAGGAUCAGUACAACGAGAUACUGAUGAACACCUGGGUGCAGGUGUUCAGUGAGAUUUUUGACAAUGACAACUACACUGCAAUUAUCGUGGAAACCGAACAAGAGUAUAACGAGAUUACCAGAACCAUUCCAUUCACCAGUGCCGAGUUGGAAAAGCAACCCUACCCGAAGCGGCUGCCCUUCUCGGAGUUUGUGCCCAAGGUCUACCGGCAGAUCAAGGAGUUCAUCUACGCCUGCCACAAGUUCUCCCAGGACCUGCACCUGACCCAGACAGAGCGAGACGACAUGAUCCGCAAGUCCACCAACGUCCUGCUGAUGAGGACGUUGAGCGGCUGCCUGAUGGCGCUCAUACGCAAGCAGAGCCUCGGACUAACCGAGGUAGAAAACCUUAAGUAGUGUCCGUCAAAGAUUUUUAGCUCCUGCACGUACCUGGAAGACUUCAUCUCAAACAUUACUGGAACCACGGGCGAGAACAUCCACGCUGCUGGCCUGCAGAGCUCCAACAUCUUCCGCGACGCCCGCAGCGAGGCAGAGCAGGAGAUCUACAAACGGCUGAAUGCCAAGGUGGACGACUUCCUGGAGUUGGCCUCCUAUGACUGGACGCUGGACGAGCCCAAGGGCCAUGCCAGCGGCUACAUCAUGGACAUCAUCCGCUUCCUUGAGGGUAGCUUCAAGGCUUUUGUCCACUUGCCGGGUAAAGUGGCCCAGACGGCCUGCCUGUCGGCUUGCAAGCACCUGUCACAGGCACUGAUGGACUUCCUGUUGGACAACAACAUCCGCAUGAUGACCAUGGGGGCCAUACAGCAGUUCAGCUUUGACAUUAUACAGUGUGAACUGUUUGCCAACUCGGAGCCCGUGCCAGGCUUCCGGGAGGGUGCCCUUCAGAUGACCUUUGUCCAGCUGAGGCAGCUGCUGGACCUCUUCAUGGUCUGGGACUGGUCCACCUACCUGGCCGACUACAACCAGCCCACCAGCAAGUACAGCCGUGUGGACCCCCACACCGCCAUCACCAUCCUGGAGAAGAUGAGAGAUUCGGAGAAGAAGCGGAGCAACCUGUUCACCAACUUCAAGAAGAACGACCGAGAUCGCAAGAAGCUCAUGGACAUGGUCCUGAAGCAGCUGAGGGCACUGGUCAACAACGAGCAACCCUUCAGGGGCUAGGAGGACACACCCCACAGCCCCUCCGCCAUCCACCACUGCUUCUCCCUUGCCUUGUUUAGCGUGGACAUGCUUCCGAGGAUGUGCGUUUACCAUUCUUGCCAGAGCCAGCGCCCAGGGAUAUGAUCUUGCAGGUGAUAGGCACCGUGGAGCCGCUUAUGGAAGGAUGGCCGUCGGUCGUCAGUUUAUGCCAUAAGAACAGCUAGAGUGUUACGUCUGUUGUGAUCCCUGAAUAUACUGUCGACAGAUAUGAACCGUUGCAGAUUCUUUAUGCUGGAGACUUUGAAAGACAAAAUUAUGACAGACUGCAGUAUGGUGGUUAAUAGUUUUGACUGACUCUAAAUGUUAGCCUCUCUUGAUGGGAAGUAACAGGACAUCACUGGACUUCUUUGAGUGUAGAAGUUUAAUAUCAAGUGUGAAAAUGUACUGUCUGGAUUACAGAGCACGGCAAUUCUGUGAUGUUUUAGUGAACACAUGUUGUCUCUGUGAGACAAAACACUCUGUGUGACAUUCAGUCUUUCGGAGAUUCUUCAGUUUGCUGGUACCCUCUGCCUGGUCUGCAAGCGCUUUUAACAACACACGCUGCCACAGUGUGUAAGCAUCCAUUGUGACAGUAAGCUGGUCGUAGUGUUUGAAAAUUGUAAAUGCUUCGUUCAAAAAACCCUGUGAAUCAGAUUGCCAGGCGCCAGCGAUCUUGGACGGAGUUGUCAGCAAGCAGCGCAAAGGAUGCACGGCUCCACUCUGAAACUUUUUUAGGACACUUCUACUUAAAAUCUUCUCAAGACGGCCAUUCUGUGAUUUUCAGUUUUAAGUUUUUAUUUUAUUGCAUGUACAGAAAUGCAUGAACGCUGUAUGCAUGAAUCAAGCUGUACAAGUGUACAUUCUGAUAAAAAGAGAAUAUAUGAUUUAUAUUUUGGAAUGCACUAUAAAUUGCAGUAGGAAAAAGAUGCCAGUCAAUUUUUGUUGGUACUUGCAAAGUGGCAAGGGGAUGUGAAAAAAAAAAAUUAGGUCGAUCAAGUUGUGACAUGCGCUUGUCAGUAGAAAUACCGAUAAUUCUAGGGACUGUAUUCUUGACGAAACUUGACAGCUUGCAUACUCCAGUAUUUAAAGUUGAGUUAUUGUACUUGUAGAGCCGGUACCCCGGUGGACUUUAAGAGGCCAUUCCUGAGUGUAGAUGGACAUUGCUUAUGUUGUGAGAGUUUGAACAGUGAUGUCCAAAGUUGUUCAAAAUAACGACACAUUGACCGAUUUCAGUGUUCAAAUUUCCAUAGUAUUUCGUUGUACAAUUUGGGUGCAGACUGUCACAUAGAGCAUACAUGUAUUUGUGUGAGGGAGCCAGCACGCCCAUUCAUAGUGAUGUAUCUGGAUCUUGAGGGGGAAAUUUUGUUUUAUUUUGGGGGUUUUUAAAUGACUGUCCAGCAUUUUUCAUCCGUGAAAAGGAGCCUAACCCCCAUAAGAAAGGAGGUAAUUCUGUUUGUGAAAUGCUGCUUUGCUUUUGAUUACUUAAAAGGAGGGGGAAAAGGUAACUUUGGGCCCCCACCCCACACACAAGAACACGCCACGCACAUGUACACAGAAUGUCUACACACAGAGUGGCUCAUGACAUGAAAUCGAACUUGCAGUCUUGCAUUCGUAUGAGAGUUCAACAGGUGUAAAGUUGGCAUGAUUCUUCUAGUUGUGUGGUGACACCGUUAGCUGGAAAUUCCAUUCUACUAUUUGGUGUCACUUCCUCUGCAGCUCACAAGAUGGGUGGAUAAAAUGAAAAAUGACAUCAGCAGAUCUGCAAACUGAAAAAGUGAAAAAAAAAGCGUGGCCUUAACCUUCAUGCUCGGUGAGUGAGACUGCAGAUUUUAAUAAUUGCAUAGAACAUUCAUGUACAUGUCGGUGGCAAAGGCGGGGUUGAUAUGACCUGUAUGCAAAUCUAGCACUGCUCAUAAGUACUUGCACAAAGGAAAUGCUAAUAUACCAUGUUAAUGCACUAACCCAACUGCACACUGUAUUUCUUGGAAAUGCUCACAUUAUUUCUUUUGCAUGGUGUGUAUGUAUACAGUAAACAUGGCGCCGGUAGUUUCAGUAAGAUUGAACACUGUUGUAUUAACCCCUUGGCGACGGGAACUUUUUUCUGAAAGCCGACUCCGAGAAUUCCAGCCUCGCUUGGCCACGAAGGCCGCCUGCCAAGCACAAAUUCUUGGUUUUUGGCCCUGCGUGCUCUGCACGCUUUGAAUUACACAGUGAAAAGGCUCAUUGUUCGGUGGCGUUCGGCUCUACUCACGC